CCACCACCACCACCACCACCACGAGCACGAUGCCAAAGGUUUUCGAGAACGAGAUUGUUUACAACUACUCGCCAGUGCACACCAUCAACUGGCUCCUGAGGAAAUACCCCAACCCGUUCGCGACGCAUGUGUUCAGCGUGGACACGCUCGAGAGGGCAAUUGACCCAGACACGGGACUGUUGAGGAGCGAGAGGAUUAUCGGCGUGCAGCAGGGUGCGCCGAAGUGGAUCACCAAGCUCUUCCAGCUCCCCGAGACGGCGUACGUCCGCGAGGUCGUCUUCGUCGACCCCGACACGCCAAGCGCGACCUGCAUGUCGAUGAACCUGAAUCUUGCACAAUAUGUCUCGUGCCUGGAGCUCAUCACGUACAAGCCGAAGGAGAGCCCGGGCGUCACUGGCGCAGACGCCGCCUCGACCGUGUUCCACCAGCACGCCCUCCUCGUGUCCCAAUUCCCCACGCGCCUGGUCGCCCGGCGAAUCGAGAAGGCGAGCGUUGACCGGUUCGCGGCCAACGCUGGGAUCGGGAAGCAGGGCUUUGAGUGGGUGCUCGAGCAAGGGCUUGAGUACGCCGAGUCGUUGCGGAAACGGUUCAUGGAUUCUCCUGAGCCAUCACACGCAAAGUAGAGGACGGGCGACGACGACGCGGAGCGGUUGGUUGUUUUCUUGGGCUUGUUGUCGCGUCCAUUCAACAGGGCAUUUAUAUUUGUGUUUCAGCAUACUACUCACAUUGGCAUUCAACGCAUGCAUCACUCAUCGAG